GCCGGAGCUGCCGCGCUCGGGAAGAGCCCAACUGCUGCGGGGGAGCUGCCGGCCCGGUGGCCGCACGGAGCUGUGGGGAAGCGGCUGCCUCUGGCUCCUCUCGUCUCGCCGCCCUUUCCCGCACCGCGCUGAGGCGACGCCAGCCGCCGAGGAGCAGCGGAGCGCGGCGGCAGGACCCGCCGCCUCUCCCCGCCCCCGGGAGCCGUGGUCUCGGCCGGAAGCGGCGGGCGGUGCUUGGCGCCGAGCUCCGGCGGCGGAGGGGCUGGCGGCCGAACAAUAGUGGAGCGCGGCGCUGGAGCGGGCGACGGGGCCGGCGGGCACCAUGAACGACGAGCAGUUUGUGAGCAUCGACUUAGACGAUGACAACGUCUGCAGCGUUUGCAAGCUGGGGACCGAGAAGGAGACGCUCUCGUUUUGUCACGUUUGUUUUGAGCUGAACAUCGAAGGAGUACCAAAGUCAGAUCUUCUACAUACAAGAUCUCUAAGGGGGCACAGAGACUGCUUUGAAAAAUUCCAUUUAAUAGCAAAUCAAGACUGUCCGCGAUCAAAGCUUUCUAAAAGCCCAUAUGCAGAAGUAAAAAAUAUCCUGAGCAAAAAAAUUAACUGGAUCAUACAGUAUGCACAAAACAAGGAUUUAGACUCUGAUUCUGAAAGCUCAAAAACAUCUCAACACCAGCUUUUUAACUUCAGACAUCAGACUGAUAGAAAAUUACUCCCACAGUUUGACUCCCCAGUACCUAGAUACUCAGCAAAAUGGAUAGAUGGGAAAACUGGAGACAUCUCGAGCUGCUCACAAACUCUUUUGGAACAAAGAGAAUCUUCUGACUUCAGACUUGGCGUGUUACAAGAAGCAGGUGCUACCUUCUGUUGCAGCAGUGUUUUGUGGUCUAAUCAUAACCAAGUCCAGAAAGCUGAAAAAGCGGAAGGUGAUUCACUUACCAGUGUUCAUAGAAGGCAUCCUCAGUACAGCAGGGAAGAAUUGACUAUGAUGACUCCUGUACAGUUAAAGCAAGUUAAUGAAAAACUGCACAAGCAAAUCCAGGAUGUGUUUGAAGAGCUGACACAGCAAGUCCAAGAAAAGGACUCUUUGGCCUCAGAGCUCAAUGUCCGUCAUAUCGCUAUUGAGCAGCUGCUGAAGAACUACUCCAAACUGCCAUGUCUACAGAUGGGACGAGCAGGGAUGAAAUCAAAUGUCCCCAUAUAAAGGGAAUACAACUUCUGUCCCUCUAUAGAGCUAACUUUUUGUAACAGCCUUGGUAACCCAAGAAGUACAGGUGUACAGAUACUUAGAUGCUUUUAAGGAAACUUGGGCAGCUUUCUCUUUACAUUCGUAAUCUGUGAGAAGUCUAUUCCACUUUGGUUUUAAAGAAAAAAGGCAAAUAUUUUAGGUAUUAAAACCUACUGUAAUAAGGUUUGGGAUUUUUUUUUUUUGCAUAACUACGCAUGAGUGAAUGAACUCUGUGUUUUAAUAAUAAAAUUGUUUCUAACAAAGAAUGACCUGAAUGCUGUAAACCUGCCUCCUUCAUACAAAGGAAAAACAACAUUUUGAGCUUUUAUCAGGUCUGAUCUUGUUUCAUCCAGAAAAGCUUUAAUGGGAGAACAGUAUUAAUGAAACUCAUGUUUUCUUAUUUAUUAUGAGCAAUAUUUUAUUACUGAAAUUUUAUACUAAAUAUCACUAUUUUAGGUACUUUUCCAGAUCUCUUUAUAAAAUGUAUGGAUUACUCUGUGUAAUGUUUAUGCCUUGUGUAUGAUUGUUUAUCCUUUUUCAGGUCUGUAUCUUUCGUGAUACAAUUAAAAAAAUAAAUAUUUCCCAAAGAGAUGAAUUUCACGUUAAAGAAAAAAAUGUGCUGGUGCAUCACUUAUUUUUAUUAGCUUUAUAAUUAAAGAAUUUGGUUUGUGAGAAUUGUAGAGAUGUUUAAAAAAAAAAAAAAAAGCCCAGCAAUUCCUUUACUUUUAAAACAAAAAUUCCACACUUUGGUUUUAAUACAUAGAAGUUGAAGUUGUUUUAUAUGUGUGAAAUUUUCAAUGCUGAAAAAUUACUUUGAAGAAAUUAAAUAAAUUUGUAAUACUA